AUUAGAGUUUAUUGCCAACAAGAAGUUUUAGAAAACGACACGGUUUUACCGCUAAAGUCCCAAGCAGAUAGGUUUUAGAAGCGACUAAGGCUUUAAGUCAUUUCGUCGUCCUUCAAGUUCUAUGGUGAAUCGUGAUCCUUGCAACUACCUCCCAACUACUCGGGCGGAGUCCUCGAUGCUGAACACUUCGUUCAUAUCCAACAUUGCGCUUUGACCAAAACAUGAGGAAAAAGCGAAACAAAUUCACACUUUCUCAAGGUGCAAUUUUUUCUCAGCUUCUAGUGCCACCAGUAUUCACUGAUUUGCUUGUACUGUUUGAGCAUGGAGAUCCCACUCUUACGCUUCCAGAGCCUCUCAUUGGAUCGGAGUCAAAGUAAUUGUAGUUUUCCUUUCACUCUCUCGGAUCCUAAGGGUAAGUUUUUCAAGGAUAAGUCGUUGUUUUCUGGGGAUUGUUUUUCGUUCAAUGGGAGGAAAUGGAGGAACCCGUUUGAUAAGAUUAUGUGUUCUUCACUGGAACAAGGGCUACAACCACGGCUGAAGCCGAAACCGUCGAAAAUCGAUGUUGGUGAGAGGAAAGAAACGGUUUUGGGAGAAACCCAGAAGAGAAAACCCAGUUCGGGGCUUUGUAGUCAGAUAGAGAAGUUGGUUUUGAAUAAGGGGUAUAGAGAGGCGCUUGAAUUUUUUGAGAUCUUGGAGUUUGAGGGUGGUUUUGAAUUGGGUUCUAGCACGUAUGACGCAUUGGUGAGUGCGUGCAUAGGUUUGAAGUCGAUUAGAGGGGUGAAGAGGCUGUUUAGUUUUAUGACUAGUAAUGGGUUUGAGUUGGAUUUGUAUAUGAGGAACAGGGUGCUACUUAUGCAUGUGAAAUGUGGAAUGAUGAUUGAUGCGCGUAGGCUGUUUGAUGAAAUGCCGGAGAGGAACUUUGUCUCGUGGAAUACGAUAAUCGAGGGACUUUUGGACUCUGGGGAUUAUCUUGAGGCAUUCCAGAUGUUUUUAACUUUUUGGGAAGAGUUUUCAGAUGGUGGAUCGCGCACAUUUGCCAUGAUGAUCCGAGCAUCUGCUGGGUUGAGUAACAUUUUUGCAGGGAGACAGUUUCAUUCGUGUGCUUUGAAGAUGGGUUUCAGUGAGAAUAUUUUUGUGUCUUGUGCCCUGAUUGACAUGUAUAGUAAGUGUGGGAGCAUUGAAGAUGCUCAAUGUGUUUUUGAUGAGAUGCCGGUGAAGACGACGGUUGGGUGGAAUUCCAUUAUAGCAGGUUAUGCACUUCAUGGUUAUAGUGAGGAAGCUCUUAGUAUGUAUCAUGAGAUGCGUGAUUCUGGUGUUGAAGUGGACCAUUUCACAUUUUCGAUGAUUAUAAGAAUAUGUACAAGGUUAGCUUCAUUAGAGCAUGCUAAGCAAGCUCAUGCAAGUUUAGUUCGUCACGGUUUUGGAUUAGAUAUAGUAGCCAACACAGCACUUGUAGAUUUCUAUAGCAAAUGGGGAAGAGUAGAAGAUGCCCGUCAUGUUUUUGACAAGAUGCUCCAAAAGAAUGUAAUAUCUUGGAAUGCCUUGAUUGCUGGCUAUGGUAAUCAUGGUCGUGGAGAAGAGGCCAUUGAGAUGUUCAAACAGAUGCUUCAGGAAGGAUUGAUACCCAACCAUGUCACCUUUCUUGCUGUUCUAUCUGCUUGUAGUUAUUCGGGUUUAUCAGAGUGUGGGUGGGAGAUUUUUCAAUCAAUGAGUAGGGAUCAUAAGAUUAAGCCCCGUGCAAUGCAUUAUGCAUGUAUGAUUGAAGUGUUGGGUCGAGAGGGUCUUUUGGAUGAAGCUUUUGCACUGAUUAGAAGUGCACCAUUUAAGCCUACAGCUAACAUGUGGGCUGCCUUGCUGACAGCUUGUCGGGUCCAUGAGAAUUUAGAGCUUGGAAAAUUUGCAGCUGAGAAGCUUUAUGGAAUGGAGCCUGAAAAGCUUAAUAAUUAUGUUGUGCUUUUUAAUAUUUACCACAGCUCUGGCAAGUUGAAGGAAGCUGCCGCUGUUUUUCAGACCUUAAGAAGAAAGGGUUUGAGAAUGCUUCCAGCAUGCAGUUGGAUUGAAGUUAAAAAGCAGCCUUAUGUUUUCCUUUGCGGAGAUAAAAUCCAUUACCAAACAAAAGAGAUUUACGAGAAAGUGGACAACUUGAUGCUAGAGAUUGCAAAACAUGGUUAUGUUCCUGAGAGAAAAUAUUUGCUUCCUGAUGUUGAACAGGGAGACCAGGUUUUGUUGUACCACAGUGAGAAACUGGCGAUAGCUUUUGGGUUGAUCAACACUCCAGAUUGGACAGCACUGCAAGUUGUGCAGAGCCAUCGGAUUUGUGGUGACUGCCACAGUACGAUUAAGCUAAUAGCCUUGGUUACUGGACGUGAAAUUGUUGUGAAGGAUGCCAGCAGAUUCCACCAUUUCAGAGAUGGGAGUUGUUCUUGUGGGGAUUAUUGGUGAUCCAGUUACCAUUCGGGAGCCAAAGCUUGACUACUAUAUGGGAAUUGUUCUUGUGGGGAUUAUUGGUGACUGAAAUUUUUUUUUUGUUGGACCUAAUAACCUGUUUUUAGGAUAUCUUUUAUGCCAGCUUUUUUUCCUCCUCUUUGAUACAAUAGUGUAACCAUACAUUGUACUUGUAAUCUUUAGUGGCACGAAUAGUAACCGAUGUUCAAUUUUCAAGAAUCUAGAAAAUUUGUGCUUUGUUA